UGAGAUCGUGGCGGAUACGCUCGCUCGGUGUGGUUACUCGCGCGCGCGCGACGACGACGACGACGACGACGACGAUUCGACGUCGUCCCUCGUUCGACAGUCUGCAGGUCGCGGCCGAUGCGGACCUAACGCGGAACACGAGGACGCGACACGUUCGCAGCGUCCGCGCGAACUCUCGAGGGCAGCUGGGUGCAGCGGCAGCAGCAGCGGGCCGCUCGCCGUGCACGCGCAUCCUCUUCGUUUUCCGCGUUACUUUCUCAGCGACGAGGCGUGGACUCGGAGCGAGAGGGACUCGACCGACGGCGAUCCCGACGAACGCGGAAAGCUCCGAGACCCGUUCCAAAGCAAAGAGGUAUCUCCCGUCUAACUCAGCCGUCUAACUCAGCCAGGACCUUGGCUGGUACACCUCGUCUCCUGCGGUGCGCCCAAGGGAACGAUGCGGUGCUCGAUGACGUGAUCGACCUCUCGGUCAGCUACGCGUCGUGACCUCGUUCGAGUGGUUGGCCAUUCACUUCUCCGGCGACCGAGCAUCGUCGCCCUCGAAGAGCACGACAAAACAAAAUUGAGAAUCUCGUUUUUUUUUCUUUCGAAAAAAGAAAUCAAGAUACGAAGAGAAGUUUCAUGGAGUUGGGCGUCUGUCGAGGCAUCGACUCGUCGACGUGCUCGAAAGGAGGGGGCGUGCGAGAGAAUGUCAAGAUCAUGAGGGCAUCCCUGUAACGACGGAUCGUACGUUUGACAGGACGAAGGGCGAGCGAUUGAGAUGCGCGGAAAGAGGAUCUGACCAGAUGCUUUGCUGACACCCGAAGAAAAGGGCGUAAGAGGAGGAAUUCUGGAGGUAUGAUAGACGCGUGAGGAACGGAACGCUGACGACGUCGCGCGCGAGUCAUUGAGACGUGUCGGCGAAAAAUUCCACGUCGGCGAAGCUGCACACUUCUUCUGCUACGCUCGAGAAGAGGCGAUCGAGAAACACAGGAGAUCCAAUAGCGAAACAGUCACCUUGAGCUGAAGACAUGAAAGAUUUCAACAAACGGACGUAAACUAUGAAAGUCGAUGGACGAAAAUCAAGACGAAGAUCAAGAUCGGACGUGAGAUUUUUUAUUAACCGGAAGAAUUAGAUGCGACAAUUUGAUACCUAACAGAUCUGGCUAGCUCAGUUAGAUAUAUAGCUAACUCAGUUUGAAUAAACUGUAUAAUAGAGGAUAUACCGCGCGAGAGAAAGCGAUGACAAAUCUCUGGUCUUCUUGAGACCCCCCGUGUGUGAAACUCAGCGUGCGGUAGGCGUGGAGGACAAGGUCGCGUUGGAUGUCCGCGUGGCGUGAAUAUCCGCGAAUCGGGAAGGUCACUCGCGAUCGCCGCAGUGAUCGCGCGCGACGGCGGACAUCCGCGUGGUUCGUGGUUGUACUCGCGACGCUGUCAUCGCGAGAAUCAUUCCGUUUUCCCCACUCGUCGACGGCCACAUGACUUGACGACUGCCUCCUUCUUCUCCCGCUGCUGCUCCUGCCCGUUGACCGAAGGCGGCGGCGGCAGUGGCGGCGACGACGUCACGGCGACGUCGACGUGGACGAUAGCGACGGAGGAGUCAACGGCUGACACUGUGUGCGGCGUGGUGGAGGUUCGGUACUUAAAACGAGUGACACACGCCGCCGGCGAUUCAGUCGUUCGCAAGCGGUUGAUUCGCAGGUGGCGAGACGUGCGUGGGUGCAGCCUGCGUGACGCGCGUGUGUGGGUGUGUAUGUGAGUGAUCGAGUUUUCCCGGAUCAUCGUCCGCGUGUACACGUGAGCAGUCCGUAAAAGGGAGCUCUCACACAGAGAAAGAACGGAAGGAUCGGUCGAGAAGAAUCGCCGCAGCAGGGAACAAAAGAGAUAGAGAGAGAGAGGUCAUACAUAAAGUAGUCCUGUCGGAGGCUGUGGAUCCUUCUUCUUUUCCGUUUCGGCAACCGUGGUGCAUCGUGACGACUGCAGUGGUGUUUGUCGUGGUGACGCGGUGUUACCAUCGUGUCGCUGCUGCCCUGGCGAGUGGUGGAAGCGGUGGCGACGGUGGCGGUGGUGUUGGUGGUGGAUAUCUAUAUAUAUAGUAGUGGAUGAUAACGGUGGCCCGCGGGGGUGGCGAAACUGGAGCAGCCGGUGGCGAUCGUCGUCGUCGGCGCAGCGGAGGAGCUAUCAUGUGCACGUGGCGGAUUUUCGGACUGGCGGUCGUGGCCCUGUUGACUCUCGGCGGUCGAACGCGCGCGUACACCAACCAGUGGGCGGCACACAUCGAUGGAGGAGAGGAAGCGGCCAGGCGAGUUGCGGACAACCAUGGAUUUCGCUAUUUGGGCAAGAUAAACGAUGAUUGGUUCCACAUGGAGCAUCGAUCCGUGGCGAAGAGGUCGACGGAACCCCAUCUCCAAGUGCACCAAAGACUAAUGAAUGACUCCAGCGUACGUCGAGCGGAGCAACAGCGGGCAAAAUCGCGCACCAAAAGGGAUCUUAUAAUCAAACGUCCGUCCAAUAUACUAACCAUGUUAAACGACGAGAGGUGGCCUCAAAUGUGGUAUCUGAACCGGGGAAAGGGUUUGGACAUGAACGUGCAGGGUGCUUGGGCUGAGGGAAUUACUGGAAACGGCAUCGUGGUCACAAUACUUGACGAUGGAUUGGAGAAAGAUCAUCCUGACCUUUUCAAAAAUUAUGAUCCUCAGGCGAGUUACGACGUCAACAGUCACGAUGAAGAUCCUAUGCCGAGGUACGAUCUGGUAGAUAGCAAUCGACACGGCACCAGAUGCGCCGGAGAGGUCGCAGCCACUGCCAACAAUUCUCUUUGCGCCGUAGGUGUUGCUUUUGGAGCUGGCGUAGGUGGUGUUCGAAUGCUGGAUGGCGACGUAACGGAUGCCGUCGAAGCAAGAUCCUUGAGCCUUAAUCCCCAACACAUCGAUAUUUAUAGCGCCUCAUGGGGACCGGAUGACGAUGGCAAGACUGUAGACGGGCCUGGUGAACUGGCCACCAGAGCUUUCAUCGAGGGAAUUACCAAAGGUCGCAACGGUAAAGGUUCGAUCUUCGUGUGGGCGUCCGGGAACGGCGGCCGGGACCACGAUAACUGCAAUUGUGACGGCUAUACCAAUAGUAUAUGGACGCUGUCGAUCAGUAGUGCGACAGAGAACGGUCUUGUGCCCUGGUACAGCGAGGCGUGUUCGUCCACCCUCGCCACCACGUAUAGCUCGGGCUCUACCGGCGAGAAGCAGGUCGUCACUACGGAUUUGCAUCAUCACUGUACCAGCAGCCACACCGGCACGUCCGCAUCGGCGCCGUUGGCGGCCGGCAUUUGCGCCCUCGCCCUCGAAGCGAAUAGAGAUCUUACUUGGAGGGACAUGCAACACAUCGUAGUCAGAACUGCCAAACCUGCGAAUCUGCAGGCACCCGACUGGGUGGUCAACGGCGUCGGUAGAAACGUGAGCCACAGCUUCGGUUACGGGCUGAUGGACGCCACUGCCAUGGUACGCUUAGCGAGAAGAUGGAGAACCGUCCCGGAGCAACACAGAUGCGAGGUAUCGGCGCCACAUACAGGCAGGACAAUACCGCCGAAGAGCCAAUUGGUCCUCGACUUACAUGUCAAGGAGUGCAGCGGUGUUAAUUUCCUCGAGCACGUUCAGGCGAAGGUAUCGCUGAUGGCAGCGAGACGAGGAGAUCUUCAGAUACAGCUAACGUCUCCUCAGGGUACAAAGAGCACUCUCCUUGCUAAAAGGCCGCACGAUAUUUCGAAGGCCGGUUUUAGCCAAUGGCCAUUCAUGUCUGUGCAUACAUGGGGAGAGAGGCCGCACGGCACCUGGAAAUUAGAAAUUCACAAUGAGGGUCGAUACCUCGGACGCGCUACACUGCACGAGUGGGCGCUGAUCUUCUACGGCACCGCGACGCUGCCCGACCGGACCGAGUACGCCCUUUACAAUCCGGCCGGCAUGAGUAUACCCAGACGGCCGUUCGUCAAGCCGCGCGAGACCGUCCCGAAGAGCCAGAACACCCUGACGAAGGGCAAGCAGACGCAGCACAAGUCCGACAAGUCCGGCAGUCUGAGCCCGCCCUACGUGGUGAACGCGCAGAUUCAGUCCCAGCGGAAAGGCAAGCCCCGCGGCCAGCACAAGAACGGCAAGUCGGCUAAUCGGCCCAAGCCCACCGUUCAAACUCUUCGAGGUCUCACCGGGAUGAACAAGGGGCCCAACAACGUGGCCGGUGACGUGCGUUUGAUCACGUCGCGGCCACGUGGUAGAAGUACGCCCAGCCCAGUUACCAGCACCGUGUCCCAGACCGUUACGACGACGAAAACCACAAGCAAACAGAUUAUUACACAGAAGAUCAUCGACGUGGUUACCGCCUCGUCCCUUCAGAGAGGACUGAUCUUGUUGGAGCCGCCGGCAAAGGCGGCCACUAACAAGGUCCCGGCGGUAUUUCAGCAAUAUCCCAAGAUCCAACAGCUCUAUCCGGUUUACGGUGGGGCUCGCGGCGCCGGUCAACACGCCACGAGGGCCAAAGGACUCGACCUGCUGCAGGACGAACAAUUCGACCCAAGAAACCUGCAACUGGACAAGGACACUCUGGAGGAGUGGAAGCUUGUGUUCUUCGGCACGGACACGUCAGUGGAAGUGGACGACCAGCUGGACAAGGACAAGCCGCUGCCGCCAGUGGUCCACGAGGAAGUGAACAACGCGCCUUCGGAUCUCGGGCACAACGCCGUGGAUACCGAGGGCGAUCCGUGGACGGGUAGCCGGCAGAUGGACCGGGUCUCACACCCGGAGGUGCAGAGGCCUACGACGGAGAACCAGACGAGUGGCUGUGCCGCCUUCGAAGCCGGAGGCAGCGGGUGCCUAGGUGGGUGCCUCAUACUACUCCUUCUAGCCUAUCUGACCGGCGUGCCCGGCUGGCGGGAGUUGAUCACCAGCUGGCCUGCCUCGACGAACAGUCGGAGCGAGUUGGGCACGGAGGCGAAUCGGCCGCUGAUCGCGGCAGCGAGCGUCGUCCCGAUGACGACGGCGACGUCGUGGGCCGGCGACGCGACGACGCGACGCGCUAUCCCGACGGCGAUACAUCGCGCGUCGGAUGCGCGCAGGUGUACAUGAUGACAGCGGAUCGCGUUUGGUCCCGCGACGGCUUGCGGCCCGAUCCUGUGACUCCGGGUCACCGGGAUUGCCGCGCGCGGGACGGCCGCGCGGAUUUCGACGACGUGUGCCUGACGCGCUCUUGUGAUCCGUGAAAUUUUAAUAUACUUGUGAUGGAGAGAGGUGUCGCGCGUAGAAAUCGGAAGGGGGAAGGGAAAGAAGGGGAGGACUCCGUGGCCUCCUUUCCCGGUGCUAAUUGUCUCGAGAAGAGAUCCAAAGGACUGUCCAAUGCUGAAUUAUCGUCUGUCCUUCUCUUCUUGGAAGAGAAACGAAUGAUGUGUGUUCGAUGAUGAACACAUCGAGUCUGAGAACUUCGUGGCUCGGUUAGAGCGUUCCUCGUGAUCAGGGAAAUGCGAUUUUCUCGCUAACACGCGCCGUUAGGGUUGGCUUUGGCCUAAUUUGUUUGUGUCGUGCAAGGAAGCGAGUCCUCUCGUAAUCGCCACGAAACGUCCGCGGACGCUUGCGCCAUGACAACACUCUAUUCGUGAGGGGUGGCUUCGACUGAUCGAAGUUCGCGUUGCGACGAGGAUGGGACGGAAACUAGAUGUUUACGAGGCAGGAAAUGCACGGUUCUGUUACCGAUUGCACGAUGAAUCGGAUGAACUCUCGAUUUCUCAUUAAAAGCGCUUGUUUUUUAAGGAAUUCGACAUAGAGCCCAUAUUUGGGCCAUUGAAAGGAUUAUGUUUCUUCCUUUUUUCUUUUCCGAUUUUUUCAUGUUUAAAAAAAAUAUAAGUUUUGUUCGACAAGAAACUUUAACGGAACUAUGUAUUGGACAGCAGAAGUUGCGGAAAGUUUCAUAUAAAUUGUUGACAUAAAAUAUCGAGGUAAAUUCAACAUUGCAAAUUUCUCGAUAGACAUGAGAAAAUGUGAUUUUUUUGCACGACCCAUUAGCGUCGUUUCUUAUACGUUAUCUUCCGCCGCGAGUUUUUCCCUAAAUAAGUAGUGCAAAGUGAACUUUUCUGGUAAUGAAAAAAGUAAAAUAAAAAAUAAAUUUAUCAUAAUCCACAACUAAUAAAUAAAAAAUAAAUAAUAUUUAAGAUUUAAUAUUGUAAUAUCGGAAAUCGAGAGUUUGUCACUUUUCCAAAUAUUUCCGUCUCUAUAAAAUUGCCGCAGUCACAGCCGUGUAAUUCUAUGGACGUGCUUGUAAAUAUAUGCAAAGCGUAUUUAUUAUACCUCGCAAAGUUACGUACGAUCUUAGGAGUUUCAAGAGUAAUGGCACUGCGAUCCCGUGGCAUCCUCUUCCGCCACGUUGAACGAAGCAGAAAUGGGUAAACAACCAAUGUUCUGAUAAAUGUAUUCUGGAAUUCUGCUUGACUUUUACACGAAAGCAGUCGCAAGGCCGUCAUAAUGAAUCUUAAAUUCAUAUUCGCGAUUUUUAACUGACGCCGUAUUUAACGUUAGCAAAGACGGGUAAUUGAGUUUAUGUUCUGUUUAAUUAAUACAAAGAAACACUGAGUUGUAUCCUUUCAGUUUUACGAUGAUUCAUGUGCCAUGCAACUGCAUCAAUUGCAAAUCAAUUAAAUUUUUUUCCAGAAAUCAAAUCAAUCUUCUUUCGAGCUUUUUUUUUAAUUCAAAUUGAAGAAUCGAAGAAAGAUUUCAGCAAUCGAUUGUAACGCAAUCUACCUUGUGCUCGAUUCUGCUCAGCGUUUCAGUCGAGGCCGGCCAUACGUGACAGCGUCCUAUAUUCACAUGUGUAAUUUUCCACGUGAACUUUUUGUACGAGACAAAAAAAAUAAUAACAGGAAGCCAACUGCCAUUAACGAGACCCGACCGGUCUCGUGCCCUGUCUCUCCUGGAAAAAUUGCCUCGCGUAACUUAUAGUACAUCCGAUGGAGCUGCAGUUAACUUCAGCCAACGUCGUCGAUUUUGAUCGACGGAUUUUGGCUCCGACGUGUUCCAGGGGGGAAGGAAGGGAACAGUUUUCUCUCGCCUUCUUUUUCUUCUUCCCCUUUGCCCUAUCUCUGUCUCUCUUUCUCUUCUUCUUCCCCCCUUUUUUCUGUCUCUCUCUUUCUCUCUUUUGCUCGCUCAAAUGCAUGAAAACACACGAUCUUUCUCUUCCUCUCUAUCUCUUUUUCUCUAUUUCUUUAUCUUCUCGUCUAUCGGUCAACACCCCUUUUGUUUUCCAACAUCCUUAACAUUCUCCUGUCUGCCAGCUUUCCCUUACGUUCCGUUUCUGAACCUUUCUCCACGCUUCAUAAGCACUCUGCGUCCCUCCAAGGAGAUAGGAUAUUCGGUGAGCUAUCAGCACUGCCGAACUAGGGGAGCUAUAGGGAGGUUCUCCGGCUGCCUAUGUAAACAGUUGGGGAUGGGGUACACGAAGCUGCGUGUGGAUUUUGGAUGCACAUUAAACCUCGGGCUUUAUUAAGAUCAACGACAAUGACCGUGUGCUUAGUAAUUUACUUUAGCGAGUAAUACUAUUUCUUCUUGUUAACAAGGUAAUGCGUACGUUGGAUAUAUAUUAUUUAACUUAAUUGCAAAUACGUAGCUUCUAUUAUUUUUAAUAUAAAAUGUGUUACAAACGUACGAAAUUUCGUGAAAAUAUUUCCAUAUAGUGAUCAAUGAAGGAGGCUAUUCUAAUUACCGUAUUUAAAGAUAUGUUAUAAAUAUACAAACAUAUGCAUGUAAUAUACAAAAAUUUAGUGUAAUUUUUAACAUUUUGUUAAAAGAGAAAGAAUCAUUGUGCCACGAGUAUCGUUCGUACGUUCAUAAUUCACACUCGGCCUCGAAAGUACAGUAUAUCAAAUUUUCGACACGAAACUUGCUCAAAACGUUGUUAACUAUGAUAAUUAAAAACUGCGCGGUCCGCAAGUGUUUGUAAGUUAAUAAAUGCCCGUAACGCUUAGCCAAUUCGAUGGCGAUAAGAACCGUCGCGCCGUUGAAUGACUCGAUAUUUUCUGAACAAUUUUUAGAUACCACCGUUUUGCUUGGAAUAUCGAUGAAAAAAAAAAAACCGGCGGAUGCUAUUCUAUUGCGAGCUUAGAGGUGAUCGCGCGUGCUUGGUAAAAAUUUCAAUUGCGGGGAUAAGCAGUAAACUCGACGAGAAAGCCGAGAGCUUCGCGGCGAGUUGACGGGGCGAUUUUUCUUUAUCGGGGAACGAUCGUCAACGAGUUAUCGAGUCGGAAGUUUUCACCAUCGAGAAUUCCGCCGCUGCGAAAAUUCGUUUCUAGGAUUUACGAUUUAUAUCAACGCGGCGAAUCCAAUCAUGUUCCGUCGAAAGUUGUAGGCCACAAAUCAGAAGUUAACUGUGCACGACAAGCCAGAAAUCGAAUUACAAUCGAUAUAUUGUUACUUCGGCUCGAAUAAUACAUGCCGAUUAUAAAUAAAGCGCGAACAGUUUUGAAAGUUCGUAUGUUAUCCGAUAUGCUCCACGGAUUUCGUCAUAUUGUUGGUCAAAGAUCAUACAAAGGUACAUAUUGCAGCGCAGUCAAAUUAUUCAAUAAAUUGUCAUUAUCAGUUUUUAUCUAUAAGAUUUUUAAGAUACGAAUUCGAUGAAUUUAAUUAACACUUGACAAAAAUCGUAAAUAACUACUUGAUCGACGUCGCUCCGUACUUUUAUCGCGCAUCGAUACCCUAGAAACUAAUACGUCGAACGGCUGAACAGUCGUACGAAAAAAGGAAUAUUGAAUGGCUGCGAAAUUAAAUUGACGUUACAGUUGCGAUACUAAAUGUCUCUUUCCAAGCGGCGUUCUGCGAAUGAAACGUUUGUGAUUUUUCGAGACUGAUGCUCUAAUGGAUGGCUAUCAAAUGCAAUCGCGAGGAAAAAAAUAUAUAUGUACUCAAAUGUAUUAAUCCCUGGAUCUGACGAUACUAUCUCGGUCAAGAGAUGCAAAAAUUGGUCAAGUGCUUCUACGUCGAAUACACUCAACUCCAAAGUUAGUGCUUGUCAUACAAAUAAGGUACUAAUAUACUAAAUAAAAAAAGAUAAAAUAAUAUAUAGAUAUA